AUGGAACUUUUUAUCAGGAUUCUAGGAAGUUCCAGGUCAGGGUGCGACCGUGAAACAAUUACUGACUGUUUAGUGGAUUCGACACAUGCGAGCAGAAUGUCCGCCGAUGCACGGGUUAUUUUUAACCCUGUAGGCAUCAGGGUCAGUCACCCGGACCGUACUACCGCGGAGUACAGAGAUAUGUUACAACAAUUCGAGCGAGAAGCAAAACAAUCUCACGUGAUAGUCAAACUCCUCAUUCCUAUAACAACAGCGGCUGACGAUCUCCAAAGGAAACGUGGAACCAAUCACUCUGGUGAGGAUGCGAUUCAAGGUGCGAACGUUUCGUAUUAUUUAGUAUUCACCGGAGGGUGA